AAGAGGCUCCCGCCUCUGCGACGGCACCGCGGAGCCGCCGGCAUGAGCUCCUCCCGCCGCCCCGCGCCCCGGGCUCGGCCUUUCUGACAAGAGCUAGACUUUGGGAUCCUUGAGGCUAUUCAGCUAUGCACUUUUGAAUAUCCUCUCACCAUAUUCAACAUAACAUUCUUAAUGAUUAUCCUCAGCAGGACAGGUGUGAGAGGAUUGCUAUUGUACUACAAUCAUGGUGCAAAAAUACCAGUCACCAGUGAGGGUGUAUAAACACCCCUUUGAAUUAAUUAUGGCUGCCUAUGAAAGGAGGUUCCCUACAUGUCCGCUGAUUCCCAUGUUUGUGGACAGUGACACUGUGAAUGAAUUCAAGAGUGAAGACGGGGCCAUUCACGUCAUUGAAAGGCGCUGCAAGCUGGACAUAGACGCACCCCGGCUGUUGAAGAAGAUUGCAGGAGUUGAUUAUGUUUAUUUUGUCCAGAAAAACUCUCUCAAUUCUCGGGAGCGCACUCUGCACAUUGAGGCCCAUAAUGAAACGUUUUCCAAUCGGGUCAUCAUUAACGAGCACUGCUGCUACACCGUUCACCCUGAGAACGAAGACUGGACCUGUUUUGAACAGUCUGCAAGUCUAGACAUCAAAUCUUUCUUUGGUUUUGAAAGUACAGUAGAAAAAAUUGCCAUGAAACAGUACACCAGCAACAUUAAAAAAGGGAAGGAAAUCAUUGAGUACUACCUUCGUCAGCUUGAAGAAGAGGGCAUCACCUUCGUGCCGCGCUGGACCCCACCUUCCAUCGGGCCCUCUUCAGAGACGUCCUCGUCCAGCAAGAGUCAGGUGGCAUCCACGGCUGUUGUGGUCCCAGAGGCUGCCCUCAAGGAGGGGCUGAAUGGAGAGGCCCUCAGCAACCCUGGAGGGACCCCUGAGCCCACGGUGGGAACCCCUGAUGACAAACUCGAUGCCGAUUACAUCAAGAGGUAUCUGGGUGACCUGACCCCACUCCAGGAGAGCUGCCUUAUCAGGCUUCGCCAGUGGCUCCAGGAAACCCACAAGGGCAAGAUCCCAAAGGAUGAGCAUAUUCUUCGGUUCCUACGCGCUCGGGAUUUUAACAUCGACAAGGCCAGAGAGAUCAUGUGUCAAUCUUUAACAUGGCGGAAGCAACACCAGGUGGACUACAUCCUGGACACCUGGACCCCACCCCAGGUGCUUCAGGAUUACUACGCGGGAGGAUGGCACCAUCACGACAAAGACGGACGGCCUCUCUACGUGCUCAGGCUGGGGCAGAUGGACACCAAGGGCUUGGUAUGAGCCCUGGGCGAGGAAGCCCUGCUGCGAUACGUUCUCUCCAUAAACGAAGAGGGCCUGAGGCGCUGUGAAGAGAACACGAAGGUCUUCGGCAGGCCCAUCAGUUCCUGGACCUGCCUGGUGGACCUGGAAGGGCUGAACAUGCGCCACUUGUGGAGACCUGGCGUCAAAGCCCUGCUGCGAAUCAUCGAAGUGGUGGAGGCCAAUUACCCAGAGACACUGGGCCGCCUUCUCAUCCUCCGGGCACCCAGGGUCUUCCCUGUUCUCUGGACGCUGGUCAGUCCAUUCAUUGAUGACAACACCAGAAGGAAGUUCCUCAUUUACGCAGGAAAUGACUACCAGGGCCCCGGCGGCCUGCUGGACUACAUCGACAGAGAGAUCAUUCCAGAUUUCCUGAGCGGGGAGUGCAUGUGUGAAGUGCCAGAGGGUGGACUGGUCCCCAAAUCUCUGUAUAGGACUGCGGAGGAGCUGGAAAAUGAAGACCUGAAGCUCUGGACCGAGACCAUCUACCAGUCUGCAAGUGUGUUCAAAGGAGCCCCUCACGAGAUUCUCAUUCAGAUUGUGGAUGCUGCUUCUGUGAUCACUUGGGAUUUUGACGUGUGCAAAGGCGACAUUGUCUUUAAUAUCUAUCACUCCAAGAGGUCUCCGCAGCCCCCCAAGAAGGACUCCUUAGGGGCCCACAGCAUCACCUCUCCAGGCGGGAACAACGUGCAGCUCAUUGACAAGGUCUGGCAGCUGGGCCGCGACUACAGCAUGGUGGAGUCGCCCCUAAUUUGCAAAGAAGGAGAAAGCGUGCAGGGCUCUCAUGUGACCAGGUGGCCAGGCUUCUACAUCCUGCAGUGGAAGUUCCACAGCAUGCCGGCGUGUGCAGCUACCAACCUGCCCCGGGUGGACGACGUGCUGGCCUCCCUGCAGGUGUCCUCACACAAGUGCAAAGUGAUGUACUACACAGAAAUGAUCGGCUCCGAGGACUUCAGAGGCUCGAUGACCAGCCUGGAGUCCAGCCACAGUGGCUUUUCCCAGCUGAGCGCCGCCACCACCACCUCCAGCCAGUCUCACUCCAGCUCCAUGAUUUCCAGGUAG